UUUAGCUCCCUUGUUUAAGAAAUACUUGACAAUAUUUCAAGAUGAAGGACCACUUGUUCAUAUUUUAUUUUAUAAAAUGAAAAAUCUUUUAAUAUCUUUAAUAACACGUUUCCUUCAACCGACUGCUCUUAAUGGAAAGCUUACCAAAGAUCUUUUAAAAAGUGAUUCUUCUGAUUCAACUAUCCACCUUGAUUUGAAUAAAAUGGACUUUGGCGAGGAAGCUAAAAACCAGAUAUUAAAAGAUAUGACUUGUUUGGGUGCUCAAAUGAGAUCAGAACCUUGGACUGUUAAUGCAAUUGGGCAAAUAGCAGUUAUGAUGCCACAUGUAAUUACGGAAAGGGAGGUAUCAUUUGUGAAAGAUGAAUGGAAAUUAUACCAAGCAGCUAAUAUAUCAAAAGACUGGUAUAUAGAUUCUGAUACAAAAAAAACUAAAAAGAGUAGACCAUUAUUGGGCUAAAGUUUUUGAAAGUAACAAUGAAUAUGGAAAAACAAAGUAUGGGUAUCUCAGUAAAGUUGUUAAGAGCUGUUUAACAAUUCAGAAUGGAAAUGCCAGUGCUGAGCAAAGUUUAUCUAAUAACAAAAAUUCAUUGACUCCUGAGAGAGUAAAUCUAAAUGAUGAAACAUUAAUGACUUUGAGAAUAUCAAAAGAAUAUGCAAGAAGUUGCAGAGCAGCAUAUAAUGUUGAUGCACUCUCCAAAGACGUUAUUCAAGCUGUUCAAAAUGCUCAUAAAAUAUAUAAAAAAAGAAAAGCUGAAGAAAACGAAGAAAAAAGAAAAAAUUAUAUUCAUAAGCAAGAACUAAUGAAUAAAGAAAAAGAACAGAAAGAAAUGCUUGAAAAAGUUAAAAAUAAAAAUUUAGAUCAAUAGGAAAAAAGUCUAAAGAAUGAUGAAAAAAAUGCAGAUCUUGAGUUUCAGCUUGCUCAGAGAAUGCUCGAUGAAGCAGCAAAAUCUAUGCAAAGUGCCAUUAUUAAGGAAGACAUGAUGGGUAUAAAAAUUGCCCAUGAAAUGGUAAACAGUGCAAAAAGGAAGUCUUAAAAAUGCUACAUCUCAUAGAAAUGAACAUAAAAAGUUUAGAGAAAAUAUUGGUUUAAAACGUAAAAGUGAAAUGGAUAGAUUAAUUAAGCGUUGCAAAAAAUUAAAGUAGUCGUUAAAAGUUUGAAAGUUUUUGUAAAUAUAAUAGAGCUUGAACUGUUAGUUCAGUUAUAAUUAGUUAGCAAAUUUUUUUUAUUUAUGUUAAUUAUUUUAGACUUUAGAAAAAACGUUUUAUUGCGUGUUAAACAACAAAAAGGUGUUGAGAUUUUCAUUU